AUGCUUUCUUUACCUGUCGAAAGAAUGUGCUUCUGGCGAAGAGCCCGUCCACCCAGAUAGAAGGUGUCUUUGCUGCAACAAGAGGAAGAUCUGCCCCAGAAGAACAAGAAGCCCUUCUCCAGCAGUGGCUGGAGGAAGGAGCAGGAAAUUUGCCAGCCAGUGAGAGUGUUCCAUCAGUGGGGAAAAUACCAGUUACAUUCACUAGUGACUGGUUCGAAGGUUCAGACCUAUUGAUGACUAGCCUCAGUGACCUGAAUGCAUCUCCGGAAGUCACCCGGUGCGCUGACCAAGAGCUCUCAGACCUAAACGCUUUGGAUUCUUCAGAACUGCAAGAUCAUGCAGUGGCUGAACUGUCAAAAUUACCAGCAGAGGAAACAGUGGCUGUAGCAGGCAGUGGCCCUUGGGCAGCUGUGGUGCCACAGACACAUCACCAGGUUGCUGGCUGUGCCGGUAUCAAUGUAGAAGUGUUGAAUGAUGACCCAGCUGUGCUGGCCUGGAGUUUAGCACGUGAUGCAGAGACAGUGCCACCAGAGCUCCCGGCCCAGCCCGUUCAGGGUGCAGUACCAUUUUAUCCUGUCCCAGCAGAGGUGCCCUACCAUGAGAUUCUAUGGAGAGACUGGGAGGAUCUUUCUGUCCAGCCCUGUGUGCUAGAGCAGGUCUCGAAAAACACUCCUCUCUUUGAAUUUCGAGUCAUGUCUUACAACAUCCUUGCCCAGGACCUGGUGGAGCAGGGCCUUGAUCUCUAUGUACACUGUCAUCCAGACAUUCUGAACUGGAACUACCGCCUUCCAAACCUUUUGCAGGAGAUACAGCACUGGGAUCCUGAUGUUCUGUGUCUCCAGGAGGUACAAGAGAACCAUUACUGGGAGCAGCUGGAGCCAACAUUCAAGGAGAUGGGCUUUGCAUGCUUCUAUAAACGGAGAACUGGGACGAAGACAGAUGGCUGUGCAGUGUGCUAUAAGCAGAGCAGGUUCCAACUGAUCAGCCUCAGCCCCAUAGAAUACUUCCGGCCUGGCCUGGACGUCCUCAAUCGGGAUAAUGUGGGCUUGGUGCUGCUGCUACAGCCUGUGCUCCCAGAGGGCCUGGAUCCGAAGGCAGUCAGUCCUUUGUGUGUGGCCAACACUCAUGUGUUGUUCAAUCCCCGUCGAGGAGAUAUCAAACUGGCCCAGGUGGCCUUGCUCCUAGCAGAGAUUGACAAAAUGGCAAGAACUACUGAAGGCAGCUACUGUCCUGUCAUCUUGUGUGGAGAUCUGAACUCUGUACCUGACUCUCCACUCUACAAAUUCAUCCGGAAUGGUGAACUUUCCUACCAUGGGAUGCCAGCCUGGAAGGUGUCUGGCCAGGAAGACUUUUCCCAACAAUUGUAUUCACGGAAACUGCUGGCCCCACUGUGGCCGAGCUCACUGGGGGUAACAGACAAGUGCCAAUACGUCAACCUCUGCCAGCCAAAGAAACUAGGGAGACGUGAAUACAGCCGUGACUUCCUGCUCCAGUUUCGUUUUUGCGAUAUUGCCUGUGAACGACCACCAGAGCUGGUCCUUUUGGAAGGAGUGACAGAUGCUAAACCAGACCGCCCUGCAGAUUGGCCCCUGCCUGCUGCCACUGUGAAGGACCCUGGUCCCCAGCCAUUCAUCCCAAGGUGUUCAGGCAUUAUCCAGCACGGCCUCAACCUGACCUCUGUCUACAGCCACUUCCUGCCACAGAGGGGACGCCCGGAGGUCACAACGAUGCCCAUGGGGCUUGGAGCUACUGUUGAUUACAUUUUCUACUCAGCAGAACCUGUGGAGAACAGAGGGGGUGAGUGUGGCAGUCGCAGGCUGUACAAGGAUGGAGCCCUGAAGCUGCUUGGUCGCCUUUCCCUUCUCUCUGAAGAUGUCCUGUUGAUGGCAAAUGGCUUACCAAAUCCUUUCUGUUCAUCUGAUCACCUCUGCUUGCUAGCUAGUUUUGGCUUGGAGAUUUCCAGCCUCAGGGAGAGUUAG